AUGAUUGGAUUUAAAACUUUUCAUGAUGUUGAAUGUGAUACUAUAAACAUAUUGAUUAAAUUAAUACAAUUUAAAAUACUUAUUACACAAGAUGUAGUCAGAUUAAGCUAUUAUCGAAUAAUUUUAUUGUCAUAUUUACAUUUAUCACAUGAAUAUGAAUGGACUAAACAAUAUCUAAAGCAAUUUUCAUUAUCUGGUUUAGUUCAUGAAGAAUGA